AUGGCUACUUCUCAUAAAGGUCUCUUUCUCAAUCAAAGAAAGUACAUACUUGAUCUACUGCAAGAUGCAAAUAUGGAGGAUUGCAAACCAGCUCACACUCCUCUUGAUACCAAGCUGCAACUUAAUGUAUCGAGUGAGCCUCUCUUUAAUCUAACCUCCAGUCAAAGGUUAGUUGGUAAGCUUAUCUAUCUCACAAUCACUCGACCUGACAUUUCUUAUGCUGUAAGCAUUGUUAGCCAAUUCAUGCUUGCUCCAACUUUGGCUCAUCUCCACAUUGUGAAGCAAAUUCUUCGUUAUCUCAAAAGUUCUGUUGGAAGAGGACCUCCUCACCAGGGAAAUAAUCGGCAGGGGUUAUCUGAGGGGUCUACUAUUUCAUAUGGAUUGCAUGUUCGCUGGAAUGAAGCCGAAGAAGGCAGUCCAAGCAGCUUUGAUUUCGACUGGGGUUACUAA